GCCAACAAAUCUGACCUCGACUGCUGAAGCUGAGAAAGAUUUGAAAUGAGUGUGAAACAAAUUGCUCUUGUUUCUCUACUUGGCCUACUUGUGAUCCUACAGUCUGUAGGGGGAUUCUCUCUAGAACCAAAGCAAAAUGGGAAGUGCAAAUGUUUGAAAAAGACAGCAGACCUUAUACAUCCCAGGACAUAUGAAAAGAUUGAAAUCUUUCUUCCAAAUCGCAAAUGCCCAAAUGUGGAGUUUCUGAUUACAUUGAAAAAUGGUAGCACAGUGUGUGUUGAUACUGAAGCCUUGUGGGUGCAGCAGCUCAUAAAAGCUCUAAACCGAAAAAAACAAGAAUAUAGAAAAGUCGCAGUGACUGAAUCAAACCAAACAAGAUUCCAUUGACAUACCUAAACAAGUUCUGGAUCAUCAACUUUCAAUGAUACUGUGAAGCAUUUAUCUACCAAAAUGCAGCCUUUAGUUUACAUUAGACAUUUCCUAUGACACUGUAUGCUCGGUUAGUGCUCAAUAUCUGUUUCCAUUUUCAUGUAUGAGAACAUGGGUGGUGCAUGCUUAGUGUCUUCAGUGGUCACGGUCACUGGUGCCCUUAUGAUAGUGGUAAGAGGUGUAUGAAAGAGUCACAGAACAUCUUAUGAUGUUAUAGCUCUAAAGUAUAUUUUAAAAGGAA